UGCUCUUAGGACUUGUUUUUCUGAGAGGAGAGUAAAGCUUCCAUCUUCAGCCCCAGAAGGAGUUUUUCGCUAGGGUACUGCAAAGAGGCUUCUUUUCUCUUCUGUUUAGCAAGUAUCAGCCUGAGUCAGAGCCAUGGCUCCGAAACCUCAACAAGGAAAGAGUCCGCGAGGCAAAAAGAAAAAAGGAAAACGUGAAAAUAAGGACAUAACACUUGGUAGUGAAGAAGCAGAACCUGUAAAUAUGGAGAGCAUGGGUCAUCCAGAAAUUUAUCCUUUAGUGUUAACUACCAGGACUCAAGAAAUAUUCAAUUGCCGAAUAGAUGAAGAUCUGACAGAUGAGCAACCUUAUAAACUUAUCAAAAAACAAGAUAUUUUGGCAGACUUUAAAAACAGAGCUGCAGUAUCUGAUUUCUACCCAGUCAAAAAAGUUAUCCAGGAGUAUCCUGGAGAUGAGAUUCUGGUUGUUUAUGACAAAGACUUCAAAUUUGGACUUAACUUUUAUGUUGUUGGAACAGAAGAAGGCAAGGAAAACUAUUUUAAUCCCCCAGAAGUUCAAGAAGAACAGGAUGAACAUAAAGAACUUAAAGACCAUAUUCCUGAAGAAAUAUAUGACUAUAAGCCACCCAUCUCAAAACCCUGGGUUUCUUUGGGCAGUGAAAAAGAAAUUGAGGAAGAAUCUGUUAAGAGUUCUACAGAGCAGAUUACAUAUAUGAUUUCUCGAAAACGAGGUGAUUUUGGUGCACCAAUUAAGUUCAGUGACCAUAAUGCUUCCAGUACAAAAGAUACCUAUAUUGAAUGCACAGCCUACCCAGAUAAAAAUUUUAUUAUUAAGCAACUUGAGAAAGAUGUUGGCCUGCAAGUAGUCCCUCAAAUCAAGGACAUAAGUACUCAGACAAGAUGGACAUAUCCCAGAAAUGCUACUACACAAUAUUAUCCAAGAGAAUUUUUAGAAAAGGAAAAAGAAACAUUCGGACAAUCAAAGCCAUUAGCUGAAUUUCUUAACAACAUGUCCACAAGUGUUGAAAUCGCCCUGCAACAAAACGAAAUCACCAACACGUUCAUUGACGACUGGAAAACCCUAGCGGAGGAAGAAGGCACCUUUGGGGACAAGACCGACACCCACCUGAAGGAGUACCAGUCCUUCACCGACCUCCAUAACCUGAUGGAGAAAAUGGUCACCUGCGUCUCGUGGCACCCGAAUAUCUACGGACUGAUAGCUGUGUCGGUGGCCGUGCGGCUCUCCUUUGAAGACAGAGUGUACUUUUCUGGUAAAUUAUUGCUGCAACCGUCGCUGAUUCUUUUCUGGAGUUUCUCCGACCCCAUACAUCCUCAGUUAAUGCUGGAGAGCCCAGACGACAUUUUCUGCUUCAAGUUCUGUCCGAGUAACCCUAAUAUUAUUGCUGGAGGCUGCAUCAACGGGCAGAUUGUCCUGUGGGAUAUUACCGCACAUGCCGAUCGCAUAGAGCACAUUAAGACAGGCAGCAGUAGAAGUAAAAAAGCCACACUCAAGCCCAUGUUUCUCCUUGAACCAGACGAUAAUAAAGAAGCAAUGUAUAUCAGACACUGUGCAGUCUCCUCAAUAGAAAAUGGACAUAAGAAAGUAAUUACAGAUAUACACUGGCUGUCGGACACCUUUGAGAUUAACAGAAUGGGUUCUGUCUUUGAGAAUCGAAGUGGGAUAUGCUGUCAACUGGUCACCUGUUCGGCAGAUUGCACAAUAUGUUUUUGGGAUAUCAGACAACAGAGAGGUAUAAGCAUUCAACCAACAGAGAAGAAGAAAGAAGAAAGUAUUGAAAUUCCUAAUGAUACACCAUCUACAUUUUUGCAUCUAGAUCUCGCCUGGAAACCUCUCUCUAAGCUAAGACUGUCUAAAGGUGAAACAAGUUUAGACCACUGUCCAGUCAAGUUAAGCCUGGGUAAAGACCAUCUCAUUUACAAAACACAAGAAAAAGUGUUAGUUCAGAACGUAGUCAUGAAGACUGAGGAAAUGAACCCGUACCAGAACCUGGAAAGUGGGUUGGCCAAUCUCCUCAGGCCCAUAGAGGACUUCUGCACAAAGUUCUUUGUGGGAACAGAGGAAGGUGAAGUGUUAUACUCAGAUUGGAAAAUGGAAAGAGACCCUGAAACUGGCCGAUUGAUGACAAAGAAGCCCGUGAGCCUCAACACCGUCCAUGAUGGUGCCAUCCACACGGUUCAGAGGUCACCCUUUUACAAUGACAUUAUCCUCACCGUUGGGGGAUGGAACGUGGCCAUCUGGAAGGAAGGUGUCAUGAUCGGACCCCUCCUUCAGUCAAGCUGUGCUCCAAAAAGGUACACCUCAGGGCACUGGUCCCUGACGAGGCCCGGCGUCUUCUAUAUUGGCCGAGAAGAUGGAUACAUCGAUAUCUGGGACCUUCUGGAGAAAACCCAUGAACCAGCCCAGUCACAAAACAUCUGUAUAACGAUGAUCACCUGCAUCAAACCCUGGGCCUUUUCUGCUAAGCAGCAGUUCAUCGCCGUCGCUGAUUACUAUGGGACACUGCAUAUAUUAGAGAUUCCUUGGACAUUAAGUCACCCUUCCACCAAUGAGGUAUCAAGUAUAAACUAUUACUUUGAAAGAGAAGUCAAGCACCUGGAAUAUGUGGCACAACGCAAGAAAAUUCGUGAACAAGAAAGGAAGGAAAUGGAGCUGGAGAGGGAGAAGAAAAAAGUUAAACCGUAUCAGAAGGGAAAAGAGCAGUUGGAGGCUGAGUUGAAGAUGGACUACGAGAGCUAUUUGGAACUGGAGAAGACCGUCCUCCUCAGCCUGGGCCUCACUAAGGUCUCAGACAAUCUGUCCUUCGUGGACCUCCUAUAGGAGCCUU